AUGGAUUACAAUGCUUAUGGUAUAAAAGUAGCUAUGAAUGAAGUUCUUCUUGUACAAGCUCAAAACGCCAAAAACCCGCCGACAUUUUUUAUUCAAUUUGCACCUUACAAUAAUACACAAACAUCAUUGCAAUGUUCCAUUAACUAUCCUGAUAUAUUAGAAAAUUAUAUUUAUUCGGUUGCUGUCGGAAAGAAUCCGAAUCGAAAUCAAACACAAUUUUUCUUUGCUGGCGAAUCGAUCAACAGUAGUAAGAGAGGAUUCAUUGGCGUAGCAAAGCACGAUCAGACAAAUUUUGUUUCGAAUGUAUCGAACUUGUGUGCCAUGAGUUUCUCUUACUCUCGUCAAUAUAUAGUCAACUAUGAACAUCAAGAAUACUAUGUUAUUGGAGUUGAACCUCAAGGUCGUUUUGCCUAUGGAUUUUCAAAUAAAUUUGUUUUUAUAUUUGAUUCCAAAAAUGGCUCAACUUUAGCAUCAUGGCAUGGCAACUUGACAUGGCCGAAUAGUUCUUUUAUGCCACAUGCUGUUGAUAUUAGUAACAAUUUUGGCGUUAUUGUAGGUUUCAUUCAGAAUGACCCCCAAAAAAGAGUCCAAUACAGUCCUAUCAUCUAUCUUCUCAAUUUUCUUCCAUCAAAUCGUCAUCCAAUUGUUGUUAACCACUAUAUACCAUUCGCUACUAGUGGUACAUGGCAAGAUUUAUUGAGCAAUUCAGAUGCAGACACCUAUUCAGCAAAAUAUGAUAUGUCAAUUAGUAUUAAUCGUUAUGGUGAUGUAUUAGUUGGCAUGCAACAUAUCAAUCGAGUUUUCUUAUUUUCAGUUAAUAUUUCCAAUCCGAUACAAUUGACUUAUAUAAGUAGGAAUACCAACGGUCGAUCGUUGGGGAAUGGAAAAAGCGUAGCCUGGUUAGAUAAUGGAAAUAUGGCUGCUAUACUUGUCAAUACCUAUUCACUCAGUUAUCAGUGGUUAUCUUCUCAAAUCUAUUUCUAUGACAUGCAAUCGAGCAUUUAUAACUCGAACAGUACUCCACUAUCAAUUUUCCCUAAUUAUCAUCAAUUGUUGCCGGAAAAUUUUAGUCCUAUAUUUUUGAAUAUGAUUUCAUCAUCAAUUUCACUAACUUUAAUGGACUCUAGUGGCAAUUUGUUAAUAUUCAAUCCCACACCUCCAGGCUUCUAUCCAUCAAUACCAGCUACGGGAUCAGUACCAUUCAUUACAUUCCCAGAAUCUUGUCCGCUAGGUAUGUACAAGAACCAAACUGGCAUUAAUGAUUGUAUUCUUUGCCCAACUGGUACAAAAAAUUCGGGCAAUGCUACUGUUCAAUGUACUCCAUGUGCAUCAGGCGCAUUUUGUCCGCUUGGUUCAGUGAGUGAAACAUCUCAAUCGGCAUUGAAAAUCAUCGAACAAGUUAUUGCCUAUCCAAAAUCAUCCGACACUACUAUAUUUGAUGAAAUUUUAAUUCAAAAUAUGUUUCAUAUUGGAUCAGGUCAUUGUCUGUUGAUAUCACCCUUAUUUUGGACAUUGAUUGUAGCCGGUCUAGCUAUUCUGGUUGUGAUAAGCAUGGGAAUACUUAAAUUUUUCAUUAGACAUCACACAUGUACGCAAAUAAGAAAACGUGUUCAAUGGAUAUUUAAAAAAACAGAUUUAAUUGGAGAAGGUGAAUUAUGGGUGGGUGGUUUGAUAUCAUUUUCUGUUGUAGUUCUCGUUAGUUUUGCUUAUGCGUUUAGUAAUGCCUAUCUCAAGCAGUAUCCCAUUGAAUCUUCGACCGAUUUCUAUUUCGCUUGUCAUCGUUCGAUUCGUAAUGCUAAAUUUCAAACACAUCUUCAAACAUUGGCUGUACCGCCACCAGAAACUGAGCCGGAAAGAUGUUUGAUUUAUUAA